CAUCAUCAUCAAGACGCCCGAAAUCGACUGCAAGGUGACGUUCGUCUCGCGUUGGUCGUCGGUGGCGACGUUGUUGAGUCGUUCACGCGGAUUCUCCCGAAUGGAGAGAAUCUCUGGCAUCCGAAUGAUGUCCGCGACAUCAUCACCAAAUUCGGUCUGAUCGUUAUCAGACGUGAGGGCGCCGAUCCUGUGCGAACGCUGCAAUCGAUGUCUUGUUUACAAGACAUCGUUGAUCAAGUGUUGAUUCUUGCUGAUGAUGGAACGAUGGAGGAAGCCCGUGGAAAUGGUGCUAAUCAUUCGGAUCCCGUAACAAUUUCUGUACAACUUCCCCCUUCGGCAAUACCAACAUCGCAAAGUGAUGGAAUUUCCAAA